AUGACGACUGAAAAUAAGUUAAAAAAUAAAUCUGUGUGUAAAGUGUAUGAGGAAGUUGAUAAUGUUACAGAUUUGAUAUGCGUGUUGUUACUGAGCGGCGUGCAAAAGAACGACUUGGACGUAAAUACACUGAGGAAGUUGGAACAGCGUAAUGUAAACAUACACGAUGUGAACAAUGAAGAAUUAGGCAGCGAAUGUUUACAAAAUGAUGGUAAAACACGAAUGCAAGCAGAGGAAGUAAUGAAUGCUUUACUAAAAAAUACACCUGUCCAAGUAAAAACGAAAGAAUUAAAAUAUAAUACUAUAGUAAACAAAGAAUAUGAAAAUUAUAACCAAAAAUCUAUUGGAAAUACGAGCAUCAUGAUGCGAGACAGAAGAACUGCAACCACUGGGCAGUUUUUUGAAGAACCUACAAAAAUGCUCAUUAACAGUUAUCAUACAAAUGAAAUAACUACAGAAAGCGAACCAAAAUUAGAAAAAGUAAUAAAUUUUUGGCAAACAUUGGUCAAAAGAAACAGAAAGAUGACGACAGAUAGUUCAAUAAUCAAAAAGGAAAAUGAUAUCAGCUACUACAAAUUUAUGAAAAUAGAGAAUACUACACCAUCAGAAAGUAAAAUAGAGAAACCACAAAACUUAAAAGUUAUGACUGACAAUGAUUUAGAAAACGCAAAUAUAGUUGAAGGUGGAUAUUUAAACAACAUGCUAUCCGAAUAUAUUACUCAACAAAAAACGUCCAUACAAACAAGUACAACUACGAAAAGAAGUGAUGAUAUUGGUAUCGAAAAUGAAAGUGUAAACUUAGUAACAGAUGACGACAGUGACAUAUUUAAAUACCUUUUGAAUGCACCAGAUAAAGAAAGUUCAGAAACACAUAAUAUAAAUGGCCAUUUAAGUAAAUAUUCGUACGAAUUCAAUUUCUCAAAACGAAAAUAUCCGAAUAAAAAAUCAGAGCACGGUAAAAAUCGUCGUCAAUCUUUUGAGGAUGAUGAAGACCUAAAUAACAUUUUCGUGCGUGAUUUUGAUUUUAUGAAAUCAAACAAAGAAUUAGAAAAUGACAAACAGACAACAAUCCAACAUUUACUUCUAAAAAAUGAAAGAACUGACAACACUAGAGGUGAAAGAUCAAAAAAUAUCUAUAAUUUAUUCAACUAUUCUACUACUACUUUACCAUCAGAGAUAAUCAAGAAAAUUGCGGAAGAUGUUAAAGCUCUAGUGUUGAAGGACUUAAAUAAAGAUAUGGGACUGGCUAAUUCAACAGUUUUAUAUGUCACUACAACAAAAGGACCAACAUCGACAACACCCCGCAAUCAAGAAGAAAUCAGGAAGAAAAAGUUCGAGACAUCAUACGUCAUUGAUAAAAUUAUGGAAAUAUUACAAAAAUACAAAACAGAAAAAGAAAGCGACGUUAUGCACACAACUGAACAAAAUAAUGAAAAAAAAGUAUUUUACACUCAAAAAAUUGUAUACCCUCCUCUGUUACCUCCUAUUGAUAAUUAUGCUAUGAAGCCAGCAACUAAUUUACCUCAAUUAAAUUAUUCACUCAAAUCUGCACAGCAUACAAAGAAAGUUGCGAGGCUAAAAUUAGAUAAUCCAAAACAAAAACCUUUUAAUCCGAUAAGAAGUCUACCACCACAUGUCAAUUCUGUUAAUAGUGCAAACAUUUUUAAAACUAUGCCACUAACGAUUCAAACGAAUUUGAACGAAAUACCUCCAUUGAGUGUUUCAGUCUCAAAUCCCUUAGCAUUGGUAAGUCAUAAUAUAAUUAUCAGUACAAGACGUCCUUUACAUAAUAAAUUACGAUAUGUUCCAACCGGAAAUAAUAAAUUAGUAAACAAUAAAAAAUCAGUAAUAGGUGCAGCUAAAAGAAUUCGCGAAGAAAAAUUACCAAAAGAAAGAAUUCAGAAUGAUAAAGAUUAUGAUGACAGUGAUGUAAAAAAUGUAAUUAAAUUUAAAAUUAUGGAUAAUGAAGGUUCCGAAAAUUAUGACUACGAAAACUUAAGGAGCAAAUAUUAUAAAUCGCACCGCGAUAGUUUUAACCGUUUAGGUUUGCAUAAUCAAAACAACAUACAACGGUUUCACGAAAAACUCGAAAAAUACCAGCCUAAAGUUAUUUACGAAGACGCGGAUGAAGAAGAUUGCUGCAAAGACGCAAUAUUUCAAAGGGAACAACGCCCUCUUACGGAUAUGAACAGGCGUGAUGACACGUCCUUCAAGAAGCUACUGAGAACUCAGCAGAAAGUUACUGAUAUGCUAGAGCGAAUGUUAGCUAAAACGAAACUGGAACAACCACUCAGUGUCGAAACAACAUGA